UCCAUGUUAGAGUGAAAUGUCAAAAUGAUAAAAAAUUGAGGUGGGUCGAAAAGAGGAAGGAGGGAACGGAAAACGCGGAAUUCAGGUUAUUUUGUAGAACCAUCUCCAUAUUGCUUUACCGCGCUGCCAUUUUCUUCCUUUCAACUUAACUCCUAAUAUUUGAAGGCUCAAUUUAUUUAAAUUCCGAAAUCUAUAGUGGUUACAUGUGGCCUCUGAUGUUCAGGUGAAUUCCCUGAGCAAAUAUUUUCUCUCCUUCAUUUGAUUAAUGAAAAAAGAAAUCGUCGGAGACAAGGUGUCAUAAUAGCACAGAGCGAGUGUCACGCACCCGCUGCAACAUUUGGUUGCAUUUGCUUGUUAGCCACCGUAUGUGAAGGUGCAGCGAAGGGCCGGGCUCUUGACUUAAGUAGUGGGAUUAAACUAUAGGUAAAAUGAGUGAGAAUUGCAGUGCUGUGAGAUGAUUGUAAAACCAGAAAUAGCAUUAAAUGAAACACCAAAACAACAUUAAGAAGAUGGAUAAAAGGUGUCUUUUCCGAAGGUCUCCUCGAGGGGUAAUGAUUUGGGGGGCUUGGCUGACCGUCACAUUCGUAUUAACUAGCUCCUACUUCAUGGCUGACAAAACAAGCAAGCUACAUCGGUAUACUCUGGAGAAAAUACCUUUGAGAAAACAAAGCGAAGAAGCAGUCACAAGGGCAUCACCCCAGUAUCCCCUCACUGAUCCACACGGCCCGCCCUCUGCGGGCACCCAAGGGACAAAGGUGGAGAGUCGUCCAGAAUUCUAUAACCGAUACUGGCCGGUAAAUUGUAGUGCAGUCUUUGAGGAAGAUGUACAGGAGAUAGCACGUGUGGAUGCUAUGCUAAAGAAGGAGAGGCAGAAGUCAAAGAAGGGUGAAAUCGACAUUGCGUCAGAUACUUUGGUCGCAAACUUUACCCAAAAUUGCGAAAAUUAUAGGACAAUCCGAGGUUUCCCAACAAAAGUACUAAGUAAGGAGGAAGAGGAGUUCCCGCUUGCGUUUAUUAUCCUUACCCACAAGAAUGCUGCACAGGUGGAACUGCUUUUCCGUGCUAUUUACCAACCCCAUAAUGUAUAUGCCUUCCAUCCGGAUGGCAACUCGCCACCAGAAUUUCAAAGAGCUAUAAGAAACAUGGCAAGUUGCUUUGACAAUGUGUUCGUUUGUUCCAAAUUAGAAAAGGUACAGUAUGCCGGUUUCACGCGCCUCCUUGCAGAUAUCAACUGCAUGCACGACCUGGUCAAUCAUUCUGUGCAGUGGAAGUAUGUCAUCAACCAGUGCGGGGAAGCAUUUCCACUGAAGACCAAUCUGGAGAUGGUCAAGAUGAUCAAGGCUUACCACGGCCGCGUGGAUGCUGAAUCAUACGACGCACCCCACAAACUAUCCAGGUUUCACAAGCUCUCCUCCAGAUACACCUCCUUUACCAAAACUGAAGACAGACUGAAUCGCUACCCGCCACCCGGAAACAUCACGCUGCACUCUGGGAAUGCCUACAACACUCUCAGCAGAGAGUUUGUCGACUACGUUUUAACGGACAAGGAAGCUGUUCAAUUCCUGAGCUGGAUCAACAUGACGCAUUCCCCCGAUGAGCACUUCUGGGCGAGCCUCCGUCGCUACCACAAUGCACCCGGAUCAUAUCCUAACAUCACGCACAAGGAUAUCAACACCAGCUUCGUCAAAUGGGGCGGGGAGAAGGCGAGUAAAGAAUGCGUCGGCAAGUAUGUCAGAGGCAUCUGUGUAAUAUCCACAGGAUACCUACCCUAUGUGUCCCGCGUGCCCAACCUAUUUGUCAACAAAAUACAUUACUCUUAUGAUCCAGUCACGCUACAGUGCAUGCAAGAACUGCUGACGAACAGAACUAGGAAUCCACAGCUCACGCUUCAAUAUUACAAAGAAUUCCCGCCCAAACGUGCUUGGUACUGGUACUAAAUGGGGAGGAAGAAAAAAAGGUAUUCACAAUAUUUUGGCACUCAUCAGGAAUACGUUUAGUCCUAUGAUAUUUUAUUUUGCCUUCGUAAACAUGCGCAUUCCAGCCUGAGGGCAAAAUUUUUGUUCGUCAAAUUUCAAUAAUGUACUCUGUACUCUGUACAUUUAAAAUCAUUUAAAGACAGUCAGAAAGAUAUAUAUAUAUAUAUAUAGAGAGAGAGAGAGAGAGAUAGAGAUAGAGAGAGAGAGAGAGAAAGUGAGGGAGAGAGAGAGAGAGAGAGAGGGGGGGGGGUUACAUUCAUGAUGAAUGUGGAUGUUUGUGCUUGGUUUGCGGGCACUCGUAAAGGAAACUAAUUACAAUUUUGUCGAGGCAAUAAUUACAAUUAAAUCAUCAUAAUAAUUAUGUAGUAUGUCAAUGGAAAAGAAAGCACAAUGUUUGACACUACCUGAUUUUAUCUGAUGUUUAAUCUGAAUACAAUUGUAUCUCAGAUAAUGUUGUUUGUACUUUUUGUGGAUCAGUAUCUGUAGCGGUUCUAGAUUGAUUUGUCUUGAUAAUGAAUUUAGGCGAGGCACAUGACUUUGUAAAAAUAAAUGCAAGAACCCCCUAAGCUAGUGGCAGAUGAAAGGGGGAGGGGGGGGGGGGGGUAUCAUCGUAUUACCUUUAGAAACAUGAGCCAUAUACAUUCAUUCAUUUCACAACUCAAGGAUGUUGAGGUGGUGACUUUUUCUUUCGUAAAAAGACACCAAAACAUGUGAUGACCCUUUUUCGUGAUCACACUCUUUCAAAAUACUGGACCCACCCCAAGUUCUCCCUCACGGUCACCCCCCCCCCCCCCACAUCCAACCUCCCCACACACAAACAAAAUCUAGAACCUCGCCUGAUCAGUACGUCCAUCUAAAUGUAGUAUUAGCUGCUUGCUUUAGCAGAGUCGUAUUAAGGUUCUGUAGGCCUACAUAAUAUCCGUCGAGUAAUGUGACUUCCGACUUUCAGUUGAUGACGCAUUGCCAUACUGCACUGAGUUUGUGUCUAGUGCGAACAUUUUUGAGGAAGGUAAUGCAUAAUUUGGUCACCGUGGUGACAGAGAUGACGUUUAAAUACAUGUCUUGGGAUUGUAAGGUCGUGGGUUCGAGUCCCUUGCAGGACGGUAAGAAAGCCCGUUGCCAAGAUGUUAUUUGCAUUUGUCAAGCUGACAAUAGAGGUGGCGUAGCCGAGUGGUUUAAACACAAAGGUCGGGGGUUUGAAACCCGCUAUGGUGAGAAUAUCUGUUAGCAAGAUUUUGUUCUGCAUUUGCCACUUAAGACCGAGUUGUAUCAAGGUGCGUUGUUAACAAUUAUGCUGAUUUAAGGGCGCGUUCAUGCUUGAUUUUGAAGGUAGAAUAAGCGAUCUGAAACGCUCAUCGUAAACGCUCAUCGUAAUCGCAGUUCCACAGUGUACUGUUCAUGCUUACUUCUCUGGCUCAUCGAGGCAAUUCUCCGUGUGUGGCCUUAAUUGGUCUUCCAGCUGGAUUCGCAAACCUUCACUGUGCAUGCUACGUAGACCCAAUAGAGGUCAGUGCGUUGACCCCGUUUAAACGCGUUUACAAAUUAUAAACGCAUCUUUUUGUGAGUUUACGAUCGGCGAUCGUGAUCGCCGUUUUUCGGUGAUUCUACAAAAGUAAGCAUGAACGCAACCGUGUUCUAAACUAAACGCGUAACAGAUGCCUGAUUCUGGCCAGAAAAUGAAGCAUGAACAUGCCCUUAGUCAGGUCAAGCGACACAUACCGGAGACUACAGAUUUCGGUGUUCAUAGCAAUCACUGAAUUCCUUCCUACCGGUACCCAUUUAGUACCUGGGUGGAGAGUGGCAAAUGUAGAUAAAUGUCUUGCCAAAGGACGGUAGUGCCGUACGUAGCGGGACACGAACCGCGAACCAUGUGAAAAAUGGCCGACAGGCUGGAAUAAUCCCUAGUUAAAAAUGUUCAAUAGGUAUAUGUUUUUAAGGACAAAAAACAAGAGUCCUAUCUCGCACCCCGGGGCAACGUGUCUGACACGGCCGGUUGUAGCAACUACUCCGAAGAUCAAGAUAAUCUUGAUCUAAGGACAAAGUGCAAUCACAUAAUGUAGGUUUGAAAUAAAAGGAAGUUGAUGAUGUUGGUAUGGUUAUUUCUAGUCUGUUUUGUCCCAUCCAGCAAUCAAGAUAUUCAUUACGCUCAAGGUCAGACCCUCUUCUUCUGCAAAUCCCCCGCAUCAAUUUGAAGAAGGGUAAAAAAAAAAAAAAAAAAAAAAAUUCUGGUCCCACUAUUUGGAAUAGUCUCCCAUUAAGCAUUAGUUCCUGCACCUCAGUCGCAUCAUUUAAGAGAAAUGUAAAAACUCAUUUGUUUUCUCUGUAAUUGUUAUUUUUAGAGUGUAAUGCACUUGGAGAGCAUAUAAUUAUUCUGUUGUUAUUUACUAAUGUAAAGCGCUUUGAGCAUGUUUAUGUAAAGGCGCUAUAUAUGUUAUUAGUAUCUUUUUAUGAUCUGAAUCGGUACUCUGGCUAUGUGUAUUUGUAUGUAUUAGUGGUCGCAUCGUUUUACAAUUUCUCUGUGGCAAAAACUAUAAGAAAACACUGAGCACUGUACAUCUUCCUUGUCAAUCACUUUCUGAAGCACCCUAAACGCAGAUAGCAGUCAAGAGUAGUUUUGAUACCCUUUACAGGGCCCUUCUAAAAUCUCGCAUUUUUAUAUUUUGCAUGAUAUUUUACCCCCUAUUCGAGCACUGCUUCUUCUUCGACUUUUUCCAGCGUUUCUUUUCUCUUAUCCCCGAUUGUAUCUAUCUUGUUAUAGAUUUCGGUUAUAUUUAAAUCUUAUUUGGCAGGGUAUUUAUGAUAUAUGUAGCUUUACUGUGCCUGGAACUAAGGAACGGGGCGGAACAAGGUCUAUCCAGCGAAAGAGGCUGAUGUCAGACAAAUAAGUCGUCGUCAGGAUACUCCAGGAACAGGAGAUGUCCAAACUAAAGACAUAGCUAAGGAUCUACACUAAUCAGUGAAUUGUAUCAAUCUUCUAUUUAAGUCUCAUAUGUUUGUAAUUAAUUUACUUAUUUUCUUGUUAACCUUGUUUAGAAUGGUUUAAAUUAAUAAAGGUUUAUUCGACCUAAUUAUUGUUGUGAAUUAGUUUUCUGUUUGCAAGGUUACUGUAAGAGUUAAAAAUAGACUCAUUCCCUACUUUUAUUUGUCACAAUUACUAUUUGUUUCUCUAUUCUUCUACCCAUACAUGUUCAUUUCACUCAUUUGCAUAUUCAUUUCAUCCAUUCAUCUCCACCAUUCAUCUCCACCACAUACCAACUCUUCAAGCUAGAACAGGUGGUAUGUUCUCUUCUCAUUUGCAUAUUUCCACUUCUUACUUAUCAUUGGUUCUCUUCUCCUUUUCCUUAUGAAUAUUCAGUUUUAUUCUUAAAUCCUAUUUUGCUAUUGGUUGAGGAUGUAUUUGAUUUGAAUAUGCUUUGCAUGAAGCACAUGAGCAGCAUGCUAGAUACUUUGCAAUAAACACAUGCAGACUGGCACUGGACUUACUCUGAGUGAGGUGUGUUGAUUUAGGUCUCGGUUAUUAAUAUAUUAAGUUGGCGAUUUAGGAGAGAGCAUCUGAGUGGGUUUUAGCAGUGGUUUUUGUAUGAUUGGUCUUAUGAUUGAUUGGCAAGAGGUUAUUGUAUUAGUUUAAGUCUCAUAUGUUUGUAAUUCAUUUACUUGUUUUCUUAACCUUGUUUAGAAGGGUUUAAAUUAAUAAAGGUUUAUUCGACCUAA